UGAUCGCUGUGUGUCUUCAAUAAGACCAGGACUGGAAUAUAGAGUAACAACUCUGCACGAUUCCUUCGAGGUCACUUAGGAUCCUCAUCAGCGUCGUCCUUAGUUCCGAGGAGUGCUCUUGAGCUUUCGCGCGGCAGAUCCCUCCGUGAUUUUUUGUGUCUUCUCGCGGCCCACACGCAAUGCACAACUCAAAAAUGUCUACGUACUCACUCGAGGAAGUCGCCAAGCACAAUAAGAGAAGUUCGUGUUGGCUCGUCAUUCGUGAAGGAAUAUACGACGUAACGAAUUUCAUGAAAGAGCAUCCAGGAGGCGAAGAACUGAUGUUCGAACAAGGCGGACGCGAUAGCACCGAACUUUUUUACGCGAUCGGUCACUCAACCGAUGCAAGAAUGCUUAUGGCCAAACUCAAGAUCGGCGAGCUGUGCGAUGAGGAUAAAGCGAAGAUCAAGGGGACUGCCGGGAAAUCCGACUCCCUCAACGCAACUCCAUUUAAAGGCGGUGUGUCGGCGUGGAUCUACCCGAUUGCCAUCGCGAUUGGCGCGGCACUCCUCUACUUUUCACCCAUGCCUCAAGGACCAAACUAGAGAGUUCAUCCGUUUUUGUUGACAAUAAAUCAAUAUUUUUU